GGACACUUGUUUUUUGAGGUCCUUGUCUCACACAACCCCCAGAACAGACCCCGGUGACCAUCGAAUGAAGAUCUGAGUGUGUGCGAUGGCAGAGCCAUGCCUACUCUUGCCUCACAUGCUAAUGUGGAACUGAAAGUCACUUCUACCUCUGCUCUUUACCCAAAUAAGGGACUGCAUAAGAGUUAUUCAGGAAAUAAAGUGUGCUGGAUGAGACCGCACCAUCAAGAACCCAAGGCACAGAAGGACCAACGGGAGAAUGCUAGAUCCAUGGAGGGAAAUAUUGAAAUCUUAAACCUGAAUAUGAAGCCUGGGAACACCCUGAAGGUGAAAGGCAAAAUAUCUGCUGAUACUGUUGGCUUCAGCAUCAAUCUUGGGUGCAGCUCAAGAGAUCUGGCAUUUCACUUCAAUCCCCGCUUCAAUGAGUCUGUCAUCGUCUGUAACUCCAAGUGCUCCGAUUCCUGGCAGACGGAGCAUCGUGACCGCCACCUCCCUUUCUUCAGGGGCUGCACUGUCAAGUUCUUCAUUGAAAUGCUGUCAGACAAAUUCCGCGUGAAGCUGCCGGAUGGCCAUGAAGUGUGCUUCCCCAACCGGCACGGCUACCGCAACAUCAACUACGUAAGCAUCGUGGGAGGCCUCAAGAUCAUCUCCUUCAAGCUGAGCUGAUGGGCACUGCCUCCUAGCUCUAAUAAAAACCCAAGCCAGU